CUGCAAAACCUGAUGAAGAACAUCAUAACUUGGAUGGAGAUGAAAAUAAUAUGACACAUGCACAUCAUAUUCAUCACCCUGACUAUCCCAUACCAGUUUAUCAAAAUGGGGAUCCACUGACACCUCAAGAUGAGGACACAUUUUAUGGGCAUACACACUUUGAAGGACACCAUGCUAAUAAUUCAGGGUACCAUCAUCAUUAUGAUCACCACCCAGAGAAAUCAAUACCUACAGAUGAGACUGGAGUUCCCCUACGUGGUGAGGAUGCUGACAGAUAUUAUGGUCACAGUCAUCUUGAAACUCAUCAUCCAGACUCCAAUGAAACAAACAUUCCAACUGAUCUACAACCUAAGAAUCACUUUCAUCAUAAACAUCAUCCAGAGAAUCCUAUUCCAACAGAUGAGAAUGGUGCACCUCUAAGUGAAGAGGAUGAGGAUGAUUUUUUUGGUCACACACAUCUGGAAGCACACCAUCCUGAAGCAAUUACCAGUGAUACAGAUAGUAAAGAUGAUAAUAAAAAUGAAGAGAAAACACAAGAAUUUGAUCACUUUCACAAUGAACAUCACCCUAAUGAAGCACUCCCAGAUUCAAUUACACCAGACUUGAACAAUUUAGAAGAAAAUGGUACCAAUGAUAAACCUGGUACAUCAGAUAAGAACCAGAAUCAGAAUCCAAAGAAUACUGCUGAGGGGAAGACAAUUGAAAAAGAUCAAGAUGCAGCUUACAAUUCUGCUCAGGAUAAAGAUGAAAAUAAACAUUAUGGUCAUCCCCAUCAAUUGCAUCAUGAUAAAAGCAC